AUGGGUAAAUCGCAGUCGAAACUCUCUCAGGAGCAGCUUACAGAGCUCCAGAAGAACACGUAUUUCGACAAGAAGGAACUCCAGGCCUGGUACAAGGGUUUCUUGCGCGAUUGCCCCAGUGGUCAGCUUGACAAGAACGAGUUUAGCAAGAUCUACAAGCAGUUCUUCCCCUUUGGAGAUUCCGAGCAGUUUGCCGAAUACGUCUUCAAUGUCUUUGACAAGGACCGCAACGGCACCAUCGACUUCAAAGAGUUUAUCUGCGCACUCAGCGUCACUUCACGGGGUCAACUCGACGAAAAGCUGGAAUGGGCCUUUAAACUCUAUGAUAUUGACGGCGAUGGAUUUAUCACCUAUGAUGAGAUGCUCAAGAUUGUACAAUCAAUCUACAAGAUGACCGACCAGAUGCGAGUCGACAAGAUCUUCGCGAGCAUGGACAGAGACAAGGACGCAAAGCUGACGUUCCAAGAGUUUGUCGAGGGCAGCAAGCAUGAUCCAACGAUCGUAAAGGCGCUCUCCUUGUACGAUGGCCUUGUAUGA